UGUUUUGUAAUCUGAGUUCAUUCUUGAUUUAUGCGAUUUUGUUUUCGGAUUUGUUUAGUGUUUGGGUUUGUGGGUUUGAUCGAGGUUUUGGAGCACUGAGUUGAAGUUUUUUGAGCAAUUUGGCAUAUACGUCAAAGCAAGAAUAGGGAUUUGGAGAAUUUGAGUGAAAUUCCCAAAUUAUUGAUUUUAACUGGGCUGUUUUAGGAUUUCAUUUGAAAGUAAUCACUUAUUCAUGGUCAGCAGAGAAUGAGAAAUUCAUUCAAAUGAUGAAAAAUGAAGAAACAAUUCAAAUAUCACCAAUAAUGAUGAAAUUUGGAAUCACAGAUCUAACGAACAUGGCAGAGGAGAAAGGUUUCAUUGCCAAAGAUGUCACGGAAUUGAUUGGUAAAACCCCAUUGGUAUACCUCAACCAUGUGGUGGAUGGCUGUGUUGCUCGAGUUGCUGCCAAGCUAGAAAUGAUGGAGCCUUGCUCGAGCGUCAAAGACAGGAUUGGAUAUAGUAUGAUAACUGAUGCUGAGGAGAAGGGUCUAAUUACACCCGGUGAGAGUACCCUGAUCGAGCCUACAAGCGGGAAUACUGGCAUAGGGUUGGCAUUCAUGGCAGGUCCACAUAAGAUUCAAGGAAUUGGUGCUGGUUUCAUCCCUGGAGUUUUGGACGUCAAUUUACUAGAUGAAACUGUUCAAGUUUCAAGUGAAGAAGCUAUUGAAACCGCUAAGCAGCUUGCACUAAAAGAAGGAUUGCUGGUCGGGAUAUCAUCUGGUGCGGCGGCUGCAGCUGCAAUUCAGCUAGCAAAAAGGCCUGAAAAUGCUGGAAAACUCAUUGUUGCGGUUUUCCCCAGCUUUGGAGAGAGAUAUCUAUCGACUGUGCUGUUUGAAUCUGUGAAGAAGGAAGCUGAGAACAUGCUUUUCGAGCCUUGAGACGCCCUUCCGCUACCACAUGUCAUGAGACGAGAGAGAGUUCCAAAGCGAUCUGCUGAAUAAGUUGCACGUAUAAUAAAGAUCUGUUUUAAAUACACUGGAACAAAGUGGAACAAAGUACUAUUAUUCGUUUGAAUAAAACACGAGAGGACAACUCAAGACCUUUAAGACCCAUUGUUGUCUAAUUCCUCAAUGUACUGAAAAUGAGUUUCUUUCACAGGUUCUCUUUGCCAGAUACCAACUGGGAUUUCCCUCUUUGUUGCACUUAAUAGCUGAAAUGGAUUGUUGUUUUUCAACAA